GAAGAGAGAGAAUAGGGUUUUUUUCCCUUCAGAUUUACGCUCAAAUAAAAUUCUAAUUCCAGAUUUUUCCAGAUUUAUCUUUUCUUAAUCUUAAUCCGUGCGUAAAAAGUCAUGAACUUUCCAAUACCUCCAUUAAUUUACAGAAGCAGAGGUUCUUCAUAAUCUUCUGAGUAAUCUUUAAGAAUCAGAUGAUUUCUGUCUUUAUUCCUCGAUUUUUUUAUGAUCACUAUCGUGAUUUUUCAUCUUCCAAUCUCAAUAUCGGAAAUCAACAAGAGUAAGGAAACUUCAAAAAGAAUCAGUCUAGAUCUGAGAUUCAAGAUUCAGAAAGGAGAUAAUACUUCAAAACAAUUAAGAAUUUAACUUCAACAUUAAAACUUCCAAGGUGAUGGUGAUAAUCGAGGAGCUGGAGGAGACGGAGUUCGUUAUGGGCUCAACCCCUUGUUCUCCAGAAACAAUCUCAGAGUUGCCUAUGACGCCUGAAGAAACAACAACACGUGCAGAAGAUACAAGUUUUUCCACCAGAAACAAGAAAAACCUCACAAAUGAACAGCGACUAGCUAUUUACCACUUCUUAUUGAAGGAGAGCAACAAGGGAAAACUGCAAAGGGGCUCGAUACCAAUGGCAGCACAACAAUUUUCAGUAUCAGAAACUACAGUAAAACGUAUUUGGAAACUAGGUAAAGAGUCUCAAGGGCAGAAUUUACCUGUUGAUGUGUCUUCACGAAAACCAACUAGAGUUGGUAGGAAAGCUGUUGAGGUUGAUUUGAGCAAGAUCCCAGAAAUCCCUCUACAACCACGAACCAGCAUUCGCACCCUUGCAAAAGCGUUGAACGUGUCAGCAUCAACUCUACAUAGACGGAUGAAGAAAGCAGGCAGGAGCUGGUGAGGUCACACUUACUCGAUAGAGUCGAAUAUCCGAAAUCAGCAGUGGCUCCUGUGGGUCUCUAGAUGAAUUCACAACAGAUUCACAUUAUUGGGAUGGAGCAGAUGUAGUUAACCCGUAAGAAUUACUUUUCAGUAUCACUCGACUUUUCAUAAAGUAGCUACUAACUUGAACAAAAUUUAACUUGAACAAAAUUUAUCUAAACCGUGUUAUCACCUUCGACUUA